CUGUGAUUAACAGAGACUGGAGUGUGUCCGGUCUCCCUGUAGGUUUGGACCUCUACUGUAAAAAUGGGAAGGAAAACGACAUGGAAGUGUUACUGUGGGGACGUGUGUCUUUGUUUAUCAGCGGCGUUGUUUCUCUGUUUGUUGUUGUUGUUUUCUUCUGUCAGAGCAGAGGAUGAGUGUCCGUUAUCCUGUAUCUGUGCAAGAGACUCCGGGACAGUGACCUGCCAUGACAAAGAGGACACCGAGUUACCGGGAGACAUACCGGAGUGGGUGACCACAUUAAUACUCAGGGGGAACAACAUCUCAACCUUACCGGGUGGAGGGUUCUCCUCGAAUAACGGGACAAAACUUGAGCUAACGACCCUCUCACUGUCACAUAAUGGAAUCAUGGUGAUCGAGGCUGACGCUUUCACAGGACUCCCACGGUUGCGUUUGCUGGAUUUGAGUCACAAUCGGUUGGUGUACAUCUCAGUCCAGGCGUUUCACAGUCUGCAGGAGCUUCGCUCUCUUUACCUGAAUGACUCCCUCCUCGCACCGGCUGUGGCGCAGCUCUCCAAUGCAUUGCAUGGAGACAUUUUAUGCAACCUCCACCGGCUGGAGCUAUCUGGCAACCGGUUGAAAACCAUACCCAUUUCAAGGUUGGAUGCAUUCAACCUUCACACUUUAGUUUUAACCAAUAACUCAAUUGAGAACAUUGGUAAAGAGGACGUCUCCAGUUUGUACCGUCAAAAGCAAGUGCGCGUCUAUUUAUCACUAAACCCGUUCCGGUGUAACUGUGAGCUGGAGUCGUUCUACUUCUGGUUAAAGAACUCUUCUCAGUGCGUGGACGCCGCGCGCCUCCUGUGCGCCGAGCCUGAUGCCAAGAAGGGGAUUCCAAUAGAGUGGUUACGCGGUGAGGACGUGGAUUGUCUCAAUGAGAACCUAGAGGCGGUGUCCUAUGUGUUCCUAGGCAUAGUCCUGGCGCUGAUCGGCAUAGUAUUCCUCAUGGUGCUCUAUCUAAACCGGAGAGGAAUCAAACGGUGGCUCAACAAUAUCCGCGAUGCGUGCCGCGACCAGAUGGAAGUGUAUCAUUACCGGUACGAGCAGGACUCCGAUCCCCGGUUGGCUAACGUCGCCGUUUAACGUUCAAUGUUCACUCGUCAAUCGAUGCCAUAUAUCCACCAUGUUUUUAUAUACAGAGGAAACUGUCCUUGAACGGAUGAACUAUUAGUAUCAGUUUGUUAUCAGCUGUAGUUGUUCAUAAUACUUGUCACAUGACGUUGGAAAACAACAGACUUGGCUAUUCAAAGGCGACAAUAAGCCUACGUUGAAGAGGUGGCAAUACGAUCCAUAUUGUACUUCUACUUGAAUGUACACAUCUGUAAAUAUACCAUUUACAACACAAAAGAGAACAUGCUUAUCUUCCACAUGAGAACAUGAGACUUUUAAAACAUAAAUGUACUGAGCCACCUGCAUAACUUAGUUGAAUCAUGCACUAACUUCACAACAGAAUACAUCGUUGGAGUUCCUUCUACAGAUUAUUCUGAACUACUUUAUCAGUAUGAAGAUAAUGAAAACUGACUGUAUAAUCUGGAAUUACAGUAGAAAAAGGUCUCUAUUAUUAAAAACCAAACUGCAUAUGCUAAAAUAUGAAUAAUAGUUGAAGUAUGUUUUGCCUCUGUACUGUACAACCACCACACCAUUAUCUCAAAGGAAUAGUCUGUUUGCUGUGGCAUGGCUCCUUCAUUCUGAUAGAUGUGUUUUCGAUGCACAUAUAACUUGUGAGACACAGGAGGGUGUGUGUGU